CAGUUGGAGUACACAGAUGCAAAAGAGGCCCUUCUUCAAGCUGCUAGAAAUGCCCCCUGUUGCAGCCCUGGGUUUUCGAGUUCAAUGCAACAAGUGGGCUAUCAUUGUUCGAUUAUUGCUAGGUGAAAUCCCAGAGAGUACCAUUUUUAUGCAGAAAGGCCUGGAAAAGGCUUUGAGGCCAUACUUUGAGCUUACAAAUGCUGUUCGCAUUGGAGAUUUGGAGCUUUUUAGAUCUGUUGCUGAGAAAUUCUCGGGCACAUUCAGUUCAGAUCAGACUCAUAACUUGAUUGUUAGGCUGCGGCAUAAUGUCAUAAGGACUGGGCUGCGAAACAUAAGUAUCUCAUACUCUCGUAUCUCCCUUGCUGAUGUUGCCAAGAAGCUAAGGUUGGACUCUGCUAACCCUGUUGCUGAUGCGGAGAGUAUAGUAGCCAAGGCAAUCAGAGAUGGAGCAAUUGAUGCUAUAUUGGAUCAUGCAAAUGGAUGGAUGCUGUCAAAGGAGACGGGUGACAUCUACUCUACAAAUGAACCUCAAAUUGCAUUCAACUCUAGGAUUGCUUUCUAUCUGAAUAUGCAUAAUGAGGCAGUACGUGCACUUUGAUUUCCUCCAAACUCUCACAAGGAGAAAGAAAGUGCUGAGAAAAGGAGGGAGAGACAACAACAACAACAAGAACUAGCGAAGCACAUCGCAGAGGAGGAUGACGAUGAGUUCUGAUUUAAUCACUUUCAAAAGGCAUCGCCUAUACCUGCAUAAUUAAUGCCUUCAUUAACAUGUGCAUUUCUCUUUCCUUGAAAUUCUGGGCAAAAAUGUUAUAAUUUCGAACUUGGCUUGUCAUAGAUAUUUAAGUUGUUUUAAUUCAACUUGGUAGUACCUUAUUGGUUCCAAAAUUUUAUUUGUAUUGUUCAUUUCUUCACCCAUUGAACAGUCGUUUGAGUGCUAUCUCAUCCUGGUGAGAAACUCAUCUUUAGCUUUUUUUUACCAAAGUUUUUCCUUCGCUAAUUUUUAUUUUAUUGGUAUUAAAUAAUAAAUAUACACCUUAAUU